AUGGCUCCCUCGUCAUCACUCGUCGCGGCAUACUCAUCUGACUCUGAAGAUGAUGAACGUGACGUUACGAAAGAGUCGGAAGCUGAAGCCAAACCCAACGAAAAGCCCGUUUCUUUCACCUCGCCCGGGUUGGCUCUUGGCUUGCCGCCCCAUAAAAGACAGUCGAAUACAUCGCAAGCGAAGCGGCAUAUAGUCAUCGAAGCUUCGUCAACGACUGGAUAUGCACCAGAUGUGCGUGUUUCAGCCCAUGCGAAGAAAGCUCGACACGAUAUGAAGCCAUCGUCAGAUCAACACUCGCUUCUGUCGAUGCUUCCUGCACCUCAAGGAACAGGUGCGAAGCCAUCUACAAAGCUAAAACAUGAAGAUCAUGUAUCGAAAAAUGAUACAGUAUUGGAUGAAGAUAUGAGAUUGGUUGUACAUGUGGCCCACGAAGAUGCCGAUGAGAAUAAUGCGCACCCCAAGAAAAAAGGGAAUGAAGAUUUUCGCGCCAUGCUUGGCCUCGCACCAAAAGCCAGGCCGACAGCACAUGGAAAAACACCUUUGGUUCUAUCCGAGACAGACAAGCGAUCGCGUGCAUCGAUCGAACGCGCUCACGAGCCGGAGCUUAAUACGGACUCCAAGCGUGUAGAGCGUCCAGACAUGAUGAAAGAUUCUGCGGCCUUUUCCACCGCUCCCGACGUUGGCGAACCAGAAGCAAAUGACCAUGUCACUGGUUUUCAGAAUGCAGAUACAAGCCAAGAGGCUGUGCCUGAGCAUUUUCCAGGCUGGAGACGUGAUCCAGACGGGUCUUGGUUCCCAGUGACACCAGAGGCUCAUGCCGUAUACGCUGCGUGGGCUCAGCAGCAAGCUCAACAGAGUACACAGGCUCUGCCUCACCAUUACAUGUCCCAGGGAUCGCAAGCAGCAGCAUUUGAUGUGUCUGCAGAACUUGAACAUGUACCACGCAUACUACCAAAUGACACGGCAUCACCUGCAAAUCGAUCGACGCGUGAGAACCUCGUAUCUGAAAAAUUGCGCACCGACAAGUUUACAAAUAUGCGCGCUCGUACACGGGGCCAGCUUACUUCGUUGUUAGCGAUGGCACAUGAAAAUAGGCCAAUGCUUGAAGAGCGCUGGGCCCAAGGCAAGAGCAAGAUGCGGGAUAACAAGAAACGCUAUGGGUUUUAA